AUGGGCGAUUCUGAUGGAGAGGCACCCUCUGAGGUCCACCAUUACAACCAUAUCAGUGAAGUCCCAUGGGACAUUCAAAACUACUGGCGACAACGCCAUAACAUCUUCUCCAAAUAUGACCAGGGGAUCUGGUUGACCGAUGAUGCCUGGUUUGGGGUGACUCCGGAGCCAGUGGCAACUAAAAUCGCAGAUCAUAUAGCCAGCUCCGUCCCCCCCGGACGUAGCGUCCUGGUCGACGCCUUUGCCGGCGCGGGGGGCAACUCGAUCGCAUUUGCGCUGUCUGGGAAGUGGAAGCGCGUCUACGCCAUCGAGAAGAACCCGGCUGUCUUGCGGUGCGCGAAGCACAACGCCAAGAUCUAUGGGGUGGCUGACCAGAUCACCUGGUUUGAGGGCGACUGCUUCCACAUUCUGAAGAAUCAGCUCAAAGAUCUGGCGCCGUAUAGUAUUAUCUUUGCGAGUCCGCCGUGGGGAGGUCCCGGAUACCGAUCGGAUCAGGUCUUCAACCUCAAGACUAUGGAGCCCUACUCACUGGAAACGCUGUAUACGGAGUUUUCGGCCUUCUCGGAGCACCUGGUUCUGUUUCUCCCGCGCACGUCGGAUAUGAAACAGCUGGCUAAGUUUGUUCCCGCUGGGCGCCCUGCGAUGGUGAUGCACUACUGUAUGGAAGGGGCUAGCAAGGCGCUGUGUGUGUACUACGGGGGGUUCAAUCUUGAGUGA